UAUUUAAGAUGCCGGGGCUGUGAGAGCGAGAGAGAGACAGACACCCACCGCCAGCCAGCAGGGACCCCGGCAUCGAGGCUCCACCUUGCAAGGAGAGGAGAAGCCCUUUGCUGCUGGCACCGGGCAGAACACUCCGGGCAGAGUUCAAGUCGCAGGCAGCAGCUCUGCCCGGGGGAAGCCGCCGCCGCCGGGAGGAGUCAGGACGAGAGGGGCCAGCGGGGAGAAGCCCGACAUGCGGGCGGCUCUCGGCACGCAGCUGGCCUGGCUGUGCGCCCUCACCGCCUCCCUGGCCGUCUCCCCGGCCCGGCUGCAGAAGCCCCCCAAGCGGAAGGCCCCGGGCUGCUGCGAGGAGCUGCGGGAGCUGCGGGGGCAGGUGGCCAACCUCUCCGCCCUGAUCGAGGGGCUGAGCCAGAAGCAGGACGACCAGCUGGGGGGCGCCGUCGUGCAGAUGAUGGAGCUGGAGGGCAGCCUCAAGCAGAUGGAGACCCGCCUGGCCGACGCCGAAGGGAAGUACUCCGAGAUGAACAGCCAGCUGGGCCUCAUGCAGCUGCAGGCCGCUCAGACCGUCACCCAGACCUCGGCCGAUGCGGUGUACGACUGCUCGUCCCUUUAUCAGAGGAACUACAGAACCUCCGGCGUCUACAGACUCCUGCCGGACGAAUUCCUGGGGACUCCAGAACUGCAGGUCUACUGCGACAUGGAGACUGACGGAGGCGGCUGGACGGUCAUCCAGAGGCGGAAGGUCGGCCUGGUCUCCUUCAGCAGGGACUGGAAGCAGUACAAGCAAGGCUUCGGCAGCAUCCAGGGGGAUUUCUGGCUGGGCAACGAACACAUCCACCGGCUCUCGAGGCGCCCGACUAUGCUGCGGAUCGAGCUGGAGGACUGGAACGGCAACAUCCGCUACGCCCAAUACAACCACUUCACUCUGGGCGACGAGCUGAACAGCUACCGGCUCUUCCUGGCCAACUUCAGCGGCACCAUCCCGCACGACUCCAUGCGGUACCACAACAACACGGCAUUCAGCACCAAGGACAAGGACAACGACAAGUGCGUGGACCACUGCGCGGACCUGCGCAAAGGGGGCUACUGGUACAACUGCUGCACAGACUCCAACCUCAACGGGGUCUUCCACCGCAACGGGGAGCACAACAAGAGCAUGGACGGGAUCACCUGGUACGGCUGGCACGGCAAGACCUACUCGCUGAAGCGGGCCGAGAUGAAGAUCCGGCCGGCGGACUUCAAGGCCCUGGGGGACAUCAACAAGGUGGAGUAGGGCCACAGGGGCCCCACGCCCCGGGGGACUUUGGGGGGAGGGCGGGCAGAGAGAGAGAGAGAGAAACACACACUCCACACGGCAAACCACCACCAGUGACCCCAGCCGCAAGGGCUCGAAGCAGGGACGGCGCCUCCAGCAGACCGACGCAGGCCUUGCGACCCUGCAAGCUCAGCGGAACACGUCCCAAGGCAAGGCUCUCUCCCAGGGGCUGCCGCGGAUACCUCCCCACAGCACCCCCCCUCCUCGGGGAAGGGUGCUGCUCCCCUCCGGUGCCGCAAAGCUGCCUCCCCAUGUCUCCUUUCCAGGCAGAGGGACUCCGGGGGCGAGGAGGUGGCCUCUUUUAGCCUUGCAAGCGCGGCCUGUUUCAGGUUAGCUCAAGCGCAGAUAUCCAAAAAAUGUUGCCGGAAGAGGACCAGGACGGGUGUGGGGGAGAGGCGUUCCAAGAGGGGAGAGAACAGACGUGUUCGGUAAGGAGGUAUUUCCGGGGGCACGGAAGGGGCGUGCGGAAACAUCUCAGCAGAUGCCGGAGGCAUUCAGCAAUGGCAUUCCAGAUUAGAAAGCCCAGCACACGGGUUCUCAAGCUGGGAUCUGCAGAUAUCGCGGGACUACAACUCCCAUCGCCCGUGGCUAUGGGCCACUGUAGCUGGGGAUGAUGGGAGCUGUAGUCCAACCACAUUUGGGGCCCCAAGCAUGAGAAUCCCCACCCUAGUACGUCUACUGUGAGACUCUGUGGGUUUGGAUUUUGUUUUUUAACUGCUAGCAACCAAUGGUAAGAUUUUAUGCGGUGUUUGGGAUGAGUUAGGAGAUGUCAGGAAUAACGUGCACAGGUGAGAUCAGCGUCUGCAUAAGUACAUAAUGCAAAACACACACACACACAGCCCAUCACAGCCUUUUGUUGUGGUGAGAGAUUUGCAAGAAAAUCUGUUCAAUUAAAAAAAAAUUACUUUGUCACAGCCCAGUUCCUGCUUAACUGUAUUGCCAGAGCGGGUUUUCAUAGUUAAUAUAUCUAUUUUUUAUUCACUUUUUAAUUUUGUAAUAAUUACAAGAGGGACUUAGCUUAAUUUAAAGUUGCUGCCACAUCACCCAAAGAUGCCAGUUUUCUGCAAAGCAAUUUGUAUAUGUUGACUAGCUAAACCUUGGAGCACCUCCUAAGAAACAGCUCCUUGCUUUAUGGGAGUCUCUCGUGCGGGAGAUGUGCCGGGGAGAUCUGUGCACGCUGUACAAAACUGCCGCUCUUUGUGUAAAAGAUUGUGUGCUUGUUUCGGGUUCUAUAAUAAAACUCUCUUGUUUUUAA